UAGAAAGAAAGUUGGAGAGAGAGAGAGAGAGAGAGAGAGAGAGAGAGAGAGAGGAGUUCGCCAAUUUUGACAGAGAGAAGGGGUUAGGAAAUUAAAGGUAUUAACUACUAGCUAGUGUGAACGAAAGAGGGAUGUUAUGUUUAUGUUACACCCACAAAGAGGCCGGCUAGAGAGAGAAACUUGUCUACUGUCUCUGCCGUUGUAGAGAGAGAGAGAGAGAGAGAGAGAGAGAGUAGAGAGAUUUUUUGUGGGUUUUCUUUUUUUUUUCAUUUGGUGCAGCUUUUUUCUUGAAGCUUUUGGGAGACUGGAAGCCACAGUGAAAGGUAGAAAUAGUAAUGCUUAAAACAUGGGGAAGAAGGGAAGCUGGUUUUCAGCUAUCAAGAGGGUUUUCACACACAGCUCAAAGGACAAGCCAACCGAUGUUUCAGACAAGAAGAGCAGUAAGGGAAAGAAGAAGGGUAAAGGAAUUUUAAGCCACGGCGAAAACAAAUCUUUCAUUCCCCUGUUUAGAGAACCGAGCAGCAUCGAGAAAAUAUUAGGGGAAGCUGAUCAUUUGCUUAUUAGGGCUCCAACUUCUUCCGAUGAGCCGAAAACUCCACCUAUUUUGCCCGGUAGGCCGAUUUCACCCAGGGUUUCUUCUAGAAGAAUUUCUUCCCCUAAGGCUGCUUCUCCGGUAAUUUCUUCACCGAGAGUUGUUUCGCCGAGGGUUGUUUCUCCUCCGAAGGCUGUUUCUCCUCCGAAGGCUGCUCCACCUAGGAAAUCUUUUACUGCAGGGGCUUCUUCUUCCAAGGCUUCUUCGUCUUCUGCUCCUCCUAAGGUAACACAGAGCCGAAAGGAAAUUAGCUAUGUCCAGAGGGCAGAACCGUCUUUAACGAACCAGCACCGUUCGGCUACUAUGAUCCAGGCUGCUUAUAGAGGUUAUCUGGCGAGACGGAGUUUUAGAGCUUUGAAAGGUUUAGUGAGGCUUCAAGGAGUCGUGAGGGGGCAGAACGUAAAGCGACAGACGAUGAGUGCUAUGAAGCAAAUGCAGCUCCUCGUCCGGGUUCAGACGCAAAUUCAGUCGAGGAGGAUCCAAAUGCUGGAAAACCAAACGUAUAGUAAGAAUAAUAAUAACCAAGUCGAGAGUACACUCAGCAAAUGGACCUUGAACCAACUCUCCGAAGCCGGUCAAACCGAAGAUUGGGAUGAUAGCUCGCUGACAAAAGAGGAAGUCGAAGCAAGAAUGCGGAAAAAAGUCGAGGCCGUCAUAAAACGAGAGAGAGCAAUGGCCUAUGCAUACUCUAACCAGCUGUGGAAAGCUACUCCGAAACCCGGUCAAACCCCUCUCGACGUACGGUCAAACGGAUUUCCGUGGUGGUGGAAUUGGCUAGAGAGACAGCUGCCUCAAACAAGCACCUCUCAAACAACCCAAGCUCCGAAAACGAAUAUAACUUCAACUCCUCAAAGGCCCAUUUCGGCGCACAAACGGAGCCCUCUAAGCAGUAACUACAAGCCCAACAACUUCUCGUUCGAAAAUCAAGAAUCUCUCACCCCUCAAUCUGCCAGGUCAGCAGCUACCCCGUUUCGAGCCAAGCAAUUUCAGACACCAACUAGAACAACUCCGCCCACCACAAACAGUAACAAGUACUCGAGACCGAGGCUAAGUGCAGCUAGUUCAGCUUAUGAUGCGCCGUUGAAAGACGAUGAUAGUCUAAUGAGCUGCCCACCAUUUUCUGUGCCCAAUUACAUGGCGCCAACUAAGAUGGCCAUGAAAAUGAAUACCAACAUCUUUCAAUCCCCAAAAUACCCUUCCUUUUCUCUGCCGGCAGUUGUUACUACUAGCCUCCGAUCUCCUAAGCUUUUCACGGCGACUUCUUCGUCUCUUCGCUCUCGUUCAAACAAGGUCGAGAUGAAAGUGAAGAAUUCGCUUCGUAGUCCUUGUCAUGUUCAAACCACACACUCUAUGCCACCACAUAAAAUUGAAACCUUCAAAGCUAUGGAAAGCUGGGUUGAAGACAACGUACUUGUUCACCUUAAACCUGUCGAAAAUUGCUGGCAACCACACGAUUUCUUGCCGGACCCCGCUUCCCCUGACGAGUUUCACGAUCAGGUGAAGGAACUGAGAGAGAGAGCUAAAGAGAUUCCAGACGACUAUUUUGUAGUUUUAGUUGGUCAUAUGAUCACCGAAGAAGCCCUUCCAACGUAUCAAACAUGUCUUAAUACCUUGGAUGGCGUGCGUGAUGAAACAGGUGCAAGCCCUACUCCGUGGGCAGUAUGGAUAAGGGCGUGGACUGCUGAAGAAAAUAGACACGGCGAUCUUGUUAAUAAGUAUCUCUACCUAUCGGGACGAGUGGAUAUGAGACAAGUCGAAAAGACAAUCCAAUAUUUAAUUGGAUCCGGAAUGGGCUCAAGUACAGAAAACAAUCCUUACCUCGGAUUUAUAUACACAUCAUUUCAAGAAAGGGCUACAUUCGUCUCCCACGGCAGCACAGCCAGACUAGCACUGGGCCACGGCGACGUAAAAUUGGCCCAGAUUUGCGGUACAGUCGCUUCUGACGAAAAACGGCACGAAACAGCGUACACAAGGAUAGUGGAAAAGCUAUUCGAGAUUGAUCCCGAUGGAACAGUAAUAGCAUUUGCAGAGAUGAUGAGGAGGAAGAUCACUAUGCCAGCUAGUUAUAUGUACGACGGUGUAGAUGAUAAUCUAUUCGACAACUUCUCGGCUGUUGUGCAGCGGCUAGGUGUCUACACCGCAGCCGACUAUACGGAUAUCGUAGAAUAUUUGGUCGGAAAAUGGAAAGUGGGGAAGUUAAUAGGAUUGUCUCCACAAGGUCAGCAAGCUCAGGACUAUGUAUGUGGGUUGCCGAAACAAAUGAGAAGGUUAAUUUUCGUUUCCGCUGACUCCGGUUCGUUCAAAUGGAACAAUGGUGGGGCCCACAAGGAUUCUGCUUCGCAGAUGGCGGCGGAUAAACACGAGUCGCCUUGUUCGAUCGGAGGGUUCAGUAUGGGUUCGGCGGUCUCUAUGCCGGCUUCAGUUGGCAUGAGAAAGCCAUUUAAUAGAUUUGUGUGAUUUUUUGCUUUUUCUUUAUGGUUUUGAGU